AUUUCGAUUGAUGUCACACCUAAAAAUUCCAGUGAGAAAAUGUCCGAUAGCUCUACCGAAGAAGAUGUAGAUCUAACAGAAUUCAAACUGGAGAAGCGGGAUAUAUCACCUGCUCCUCCAAGAAGAUCGAUAAAUACGUUGGGGUCGUAUUCUCUGUCACCAUUCGCGUUUACCGCACAAGAAUCCAAUUUACCAUCCACAUCGGAUGAAUUUAGCAAGAAAAUUAGAAGUAAAAGUCCGAUUGCCGUUGUUCAAACGAAAGUAAGUAUCGAUAAAACAACGAAAACGUCGAAUAAAUCGUUGGCGAGUUCCAAAGAAUUUAAGAUGGUAAAAGAAAACCCCGCUAAUAUUAAUCUCCCAUCGUUAUUACCAAUGCAAAACGAAUUUCUCGUUUCUACAAAAGAAAUAAAGCACGUAACUCGAUCCAGAACACCCAAAAAUAAAACCGUCAUCUACAAGAACAAGUCGUUAUCGCCCAUAAGACUGCUCAAACCCAGCAAAGUUUCCAAAGAAACCAAACAUUCCAAGUACAAUUCUCCAUCGCAAAGGAAGAUACUAGCCAAAAGAAUGCAGGAAAUAACAUCGACCAAAUCUGAAGAAGCAAAGAGCGCGGAGCGCCGCAGCAGAUCCUUAGCCAGCAGAUGGAUUGUCCCAACAAAACCAAAAGAAACGGAACCCUCCAAGACGCGCAGCAACUCGUCGCCGAAUAAAAGAAGCAGAACACCGACGGCGAAUAAAUCAUUAACGGAAUCCCUACCGAAGAAAACCCCGGCGGAACAAUUACCGAAGAAAACCAGUAAAGAAGCUGAAGUUAAACGCCCGUCCUCCUCACGCAAAAAACUCAAAGAAGACAUCGAAAGCAGACGACCGAGAGAAAUCACGAAGAGGAAAAAGCUACAGAACCGAGCCACGUCGCCCAUAAAAUCCCUAGCGAAGACGCCGACUUCUAAACCUAAAUCCUCCAAACCAUCGCAUUCCCCCAAAGUACAUCACACAAAAAUCGUCUACUCUAACGAGUACAUCAAAAAAAGAUCGUUCACUUUCAGCGCUCCCUUUCGAAGGGCUGCCAGUACCCAAUACGGCCGCACCAGCAGGGACAAGUCAGUGGAAACAUCGACUCUUCCCCAAGAAGUUGCUUGCGAGCACCGGGUGUGUCGGGUGGCCGAUUCCAGCGGAAACCUUUAUAGUUUUUUGUUCAAAUUGGUCUGAUU